CACCAGGCUGCCCCCCUGCUAAGAGCCUUUUCCCCCUAAGAGAGCCCUGCCCCCAAUAAACAGGCUGGGGGGGCCAGCUCCUUCCCCCAGAAAUAGGGGGAUCCCUUCGAGCCUGGGGGAGCUGUCUCAGCUGGACUCACCCCUGCUUUUGACCCCCCCAGAAACAGAGGAACCCCCCCCAGUCUGGGGAGGUGGGGGUAGGCUGCUGUGCCUCUCCCCAGUCUUUUGGGGGUGGAGGAUGAAAAAGAGGAGGGGGAGGCAUGCCCCAGGGAACCCUGCAGAGGAGCUUUUCCUUGGGUGGGGAGAGGAGCAACCUGAGAUUCCAGUGGGGGGGGGUCAUCUGAUUUGCAGAAAUCAGGGUGUGUAUCGCUAAUCCCCCCCUCCCCACUGUGUGUAGGGGAGGUCUGGGGGGUUGGGAUCAGGGUAGUCUGGGGGCAGAGGAGUCUGGCAAAGUGGGGGGAUCUUGGGGGUCUGGGCUGGGGGUCAGAGGGCACCGCAAGUGAAGGCGUCUUGGAGGUCUGGGCCAGGGGGGUCCUGGAGUCUGGGAAAGGGGGGUAGGUGGGUCUGGGUCAGGGGGACCUGGGGGUAGGAGAGUCUGAGACAGAGGGAUCUAGGGGUACCUGGGGCAGGGGGGUCUGGAGCAGAGGGCCUGGCCCUGUUACUAUCUGCUCUGGCUGCGACUGGGUUGGUUAGGGUCUCACGACUGCCCCCCCCACCCCAUGAGGCUGGAGGAGCAACAGCCAUGGAAGUGUGAGCAGCUCCCUGGUGUUUUCUGCAAGUGGCUUAUUUCGGUUUCACUUUCAGCAUGGGCUGCCCUGGGGGCUGCAGGGCUGAUUCCCCUCUGGGGGGAUGCCUGGGGGUGGAGAAGCUGAGCUGGUGGCUGUGCUGGGAGUGGGGCCAGGGAGCUAUCUGCCUCAUCCCAGACCAGAGGGCCAGAGCCCUGCCCUUCCCCAGGGCAGCAGGGACCUGGGAGACAUGGGGAGGGGGGCACAACAGUGGUGGGAGGACCCCCAAAGAGGGAAACUGAGGCAUGGGUGGGGGAAGGGGGGAGCACAGCCAGGGCUGGGGUCAGAGCUGGGGUCUCCAGUCACAUCUCUGUGGGGGAGGAGCCUAGAGAUUCCUCAGAGUCCCCCCGGGUGCUACCAUAAAGCACCUAAUGAUGUGCAGCACCAAGCACAGCAGGGAUCUGAUUUCAGGACUGGGGUCCCUGAUUGCUACCAUUAUGCACUAAUGUGCAACUCCAAACACAGUGGAGUCCUCUUAGGUGCUACUCUAAUCUACCUGAUAAGGUGUAGCUCCAAGCACAGUGGGGUCCCCACAUAAUGCACCUUGUAAUACAGCUCUGAGUGCAAGGGGAGACAGGUUCUCCCUGAGUGUUACCAUAAUAUACCUAAUAAUAGGGAGCAUGGAGUUUAGCAGGGGCCUGCCUGACAUAGACCUGGGACCCCAGUAUGCUACCAUAAUACACCUAAUAGUAUACAGCACACUGGGACCCAAGCUUAUUGCUGGAGCUCCCCCCACCCCCUGAAGUGUUACCAUAAUGCAUCUAAUAAUAACGUAUAGCACUGAGUGCAGUGGUGGGUAGUGGGAGGAGGGAAGGAUUUGUCCUGCCAUAGGCAGUAGAAGGAUUACAGGAGCAGCCAGAGCCCCACCUGGGACCCAGGGUCCCACAGCAGAUCCACGCCUGCCACAUGGUAGCAUCCCCUUAGAAAGAGGGGAAACUGAGGCAUGACAAGGGUAAGGGACCUAGCUGAAGCCUGGUGGCUAGUUGGUGGCAGGGUUGGACGUGGAACCGAGGUGUACAGGGUGCUAAGUAGAGGCCGUGCUGCUUUCUCUGAGCAGUGGGGGUUGGGGGAGGGGUCUGGGCCUGGGCCCGGUUGGUCUGGUUGGUUAGUGGUUCAGGUGCUGCUCCCGCCCCCCGCCCCCAUGGUGUCUCACUCCUUAAGAUAUUGCCAGCUUGGGGGGGGCUCUCCCUCCUUCUCAGCCUCCCCAGCACACAACUAGGUCACUGCAGUUGGCUGCUCUGUGCCUCCCUCCCUGCCUCCCUCCUGUUUCUCCUGGCAUGCCCCCCUUCCCCGCCCCAGCCCGGGUUUCUCCCCCUCCCUGCCUCGGUUUCACCAUCCUGCUGGGCCCCUGGGGCUUUGCCCCAUGGUAGAUGCAGCCUUAGACCCCAUUAGUAUGUUGUGUGUGCUGGAGAGGAGGGGUGGGGGAGAAGCCGCUAGGAGCUCAGGAUUGGGUCCAGCCUGAUGGUAGGCACAAGGCAGGGCAGGCCUGCAGCUCGGGCAUGUGUAGGGCUGUAUGGCCUGGGCUGAGGCUUCUCUGUUUGUCUCUCCCCCUCCUCCCCCACGGCUGUAUCUGUUUUCCCUGCCCAUCCAUCUGUCUGUUCGUCCCUCCAUCAUCGUGCUUACCCUGCCUUUCUCCCUGCCUGUUCACCCAUCUGGCCACACCUCUGCCCCUUCCCGUCCCGUCCCCUCCCCCCCGCCCCCAACUGUCGUGUCUAACCACCCUGCCUGUCUGUCUGUCUGUCCAACCACCCACCUAUCAUUAUGCCUACCCAACUCUCUGUCUGUCCAUCCAUCUUGUCCAUCCAUCCAUCUGUCCACCUACCCAACUGUCUGUCUCUUCAUCUGUAUGUUCAUCCAUACCACGUCCACCUGGCUGUCCAUCUGCCCUUCCGCCAUCAUGCUGACCCAACUUUCUGUCUGUCCAUCUGUCCGUCCACCCAUCAUCAUGCGUACCCAACUGUCCCUCCAUCCCCUCACCCACCAACAUGCCUACCCAACUGUCUGUUUGUCUGCCUAUUCCUCCAUCUGUCCAUCUGUCUGUCUAUUCACCCAUUGUCAUGUCUGUCCAUCUGCCCAUCCACCCACCUACCCACUGUCAUGCCUACAUGACUCACUGUCCAUCUGGCCAUCUUUCUGUCCAUCUAUCCAUCUACCAUCACACCUGCAUGACUGUCCAUCUGUCCAUCCACCCACCCCGGUCUGGCAUCACGCCUACACAACUAUCCAUCCAUCCAUCCACCCCCUUCUCCCCACACUGUCCUGCCCACCCUGUUGCCCUGCCCACCCCCUCAUCUGUGCUUCCAGCUGCUGCCCCACCACCACUACCCCCUGACCCCUGCCCAGGCCCCCGGCACCGACGAUGGCCCAGACGCUGCAGAUGGAGAUCCCCAACUUCGGGAACAGCAUCCUGGAGUGCCUGAAUGAGCAGCGCCUGCAGGGCCUUUACUGCGAUGUGUCAGUGGUGGUGAAAGGCCAUGCCUUCAAGGCUCACCGCGCUGUCCUGGCUGCCAGCAGCUCCUACUUCCGGGACCUUUUCAACAGCAGCAAGAGUGCCGUAGUGGAGCUGCCAGCCGCCGUCCAGCCCCAGUCCUUCCAGCAGAUCCUCAGCUUCUGCUACACAGGCCGCCUCAGCAUGAAUGUGGGUGACCAGUUCCUGCUCAUGUACACAGCUGGCUUCCUCCAGAUCCAGGAGAUCAUGGAGAAGGGGACUGAGUUCUUCCUCAAGGUCAGCUCACCCAGCUGCGACUCCCAGGGCUUGCACCCUGAAGAGGCGCCCUCCUCAGAGCCCCAGAGCCCCGUGGCCCAGAAUUCGGCCUGGCCUUCCUGCAGCACCCCCCUGCCCCUGGUAUCCCGGGUCAAGACGGAGCAGCAGGAUUCCGACUCGGUGCAGUGCACCUUCGUGGUUAAGCGGCUGUGGGACAGCAGCCAGAAGGAGGGCAGCGGCGGCGGUGGAGGAGGAGGAGGAGGGGGCAAUGGCAGUCGCAAAAUGGCCAAGUUCUCAGCACCGGACACGGGCAGCGGGCGCCAGCCCCCAGCUCAGGCUCAGCCCCAGCCUCAGCCCCAGGCUCCAGCUCCGGGGGCUCCCGUGGGUGCUGGGCCCAGCGCAGCGGCUGACCAGACCAGCCCCGGCACAUCAAGCGCCUACACGAGCGACAGCCCUGGCUCCUUCCACAAUGAGGAGGAUGAGGAGGAGGAUGGUGCCGAGGAAGGCUCUGAUGAGCAGUACCGCCAAAUCUGCAAUAUGUACACCAUGUACAGCAUGAUGAACGUGGGCCAGGCGGCGGCGGAGAAGGUGGAGGCACUGCCUGACCAAGUGGCCUCAGAAUCACGGAACCGGAUGCGGGUACGGCAGGACCUGGCGUCGCUGCCGGCUGAGCUCAUCAACCAGAUUGGUAACCGCUGCCACCCCAAGCUCUACGAUGAGGGGGACCCAGCCGAGAAGCUGGAGCUUGUCACUGGCACGAACGUCUACAUUACGCGGGCGCAGCUGAUGAACUGUCACGUCAGUGCUGGGACGCGGCACAAAGUGCUUCUCAGGCGACUGCUUGCAUCCUUCUUCGACCGGAACACACUGGCUAACAGCUGUGGAACUGGCAUCCGCUCCUCCACCAAUGACCCCAGCCGGAAGCCACUGGACAGCCGGGUCCUGCACGCUGUGAAGUUUUACUGCCAGAACUUCGCACCCAACUUCAAGGAAAGCGAGAUGAACGCCAUUGCAGCCGACAUGUGCACCAAUGCCCGGCGUGUCGUGCGCAAGAGCUGGAUCCCCAAGCUCAAGCUGCUCAUGGCCGAGGGUGACACCUACACCACCUUCAUCAAUGACACGGGCAAGAUGGAACCCGACAUUGUGGGCAUGGAGCACAGCUUUGAGGGCGCUGGCCAUGAGGCUGACCCUGCAGGGCCCUCUGCCGAGGGGCUGCCCUAGCCCUGCCCCUGGCCUUGGCCCUGCCCCUUUAACCUUUUCCGUUCACCCCUCCUGAAUUUAAUUUCUUAGGCCCCUCCCCCUUUCAGAUCUUGAUUUUAAUUCUCCCCCUUCCCUGGUUUGCCCCAUGCCGGGUGGCAGGGUGGCAAGGGGGCUGCUGUGGGGGUGUGGAAAAGUGUGCCGUCUCUUUAAAAAGUAGCAUCCGGGGGCGGGGGUGGGGGGGGGUUUGUUCUGGUGCAUUGUGAAGGAUGGGGGGGCACCCCCUCCUCUGUCUUAGGAGUUGACUCCCCUCCUGCCCCUUCCCCUGGGUUCUAGUCUGUGUGAAGCUGGAGGAGCGGGUGCUGCCCUGUAUCAGCGGCAUGGAAACGCCCCCCCAUGAGUCCCUUAACACUACACUCCAGGUGCCAGGCUGCCCCUGGGUGGUGGGGGGCAACAUCCCAGCUACUCUGGGGUGGAGGGUAACCCACCCUGGCUGCCCCUUUGGGGGGGCAGAACUUGCCCUGCCCCCCACUUGGGCUUAUACAUGGGGUCUUCCCCCCACCCCCUGCAGAAGCUGUUCCCUCCCACCCAUGGCUCCUCUCCCCAGCUGACACUGCUCCACUAACUCACCCCAUAUGGCUAGGGGAGGUGGGAGUUGGGGUGGAAGAUGUCCUGAUGCCUGGGGGAUAUCCAGUGCUGAGUGCAAAGGGCUGUGGGGGCAUUAGGGGAGCAUGGGCCCCCCGUGUUGGGGGGGUGGGUGGGGAUAUGAUUUAAUGGGAGGAGGAGGGCAGCAACUUGCUAGGUCUUGACUCAUCUCCAUGUUAUGUCCUGGCCUGGGAGCCCGGACUCCUGGGUUCUCCUGGCCCUGGGAAGGGUAUGUGAUUCAAGCUGAUGGGGGAGCCUAGGAGCCCAAGCUCCUGGGUUCUAUUUCCAGCUCUGAGAGUGAGUGUGCAGCCUAGUGGUUAGUGGUGCGGGGUGGUAAAAGAUCUCCCACUGCCCCCUGCCUGCUGCCUCCCCUUCUCCCUGUGCACCCUCCUCCAGGGAAGCUGUUGUGUUUUUCUUGUGGCUAUUCUGAUGUUGGGUGUUGUCAAGCAUGGGGCAGGCAGGGUAUUGUUCUUCCCCCCAGGCAUGGUGUCCGUCACCCAUUCCCCUCUCCCCACCCCCAGGCAAGGAGCCUGCAGAUUUGGGACUGAAAUGGAGAGGUAAAGGCCCAACCUCCCUGCCCCCCACAGAGCUCUGGGACUGAGAGCCUGGACUCCUGGGUUCUAGCUGCUGGAUGUGAAUGUGGUUCAGGCUGAUUUGGGAGGGGGGGUAGCUGGGAGCCUGGACACUUGGGUUUUCCUCCCAGCCCAGGGAGAGAGCCUAGUUCAAGCUGGCAGGGGGAGCUGAGAGCCAGGACACCUGGGUUCUGUUCCCAUCUCUGACAGCAAAGGCAGGAGCAGGAAAGACCUCUUGGUAGGAGGAUUGGGGCGCUUUUUUUUUUUUUUUUUCAACUGUUUUGGGAUUUUUAAUUAAUUUUUGCCUGAUUCUGUUGUUUUUCUUUCAAGCAAAGAUGCUGGUGAGGGAGGGGGAGCCCAGCUUUGAAGAGGGCCUGAGAUGGGAUCCAGCUUCCUGCUGGCCCCCAUGGUGAUCAGUGCAGGAUGGGGGCAUUGGGUUCCCCACUACUGGCUGCCCAGGAAGGUGGGGGUCAGAGGGGUUGAGACGGGUGCAGGGGAGGGGUCUGAGUUCAAAUCCCACCUCCACUGGGAAUUGUAUCUGCCAAAGGAAUUACAUCUUCCGCCCCACGCUCUAAUUUCCUAUCCCUCCUCUGCAAAGUGGGGACAGAACCCAGGUUCCCAGCCCCCCCUGCUCUACUACCCCUGCUCCUACUCUUUACAAUUCUUUAGAGUACAGCCAGCUUUCCUGGGCUUAUUUAGUCUGGAGAAGAGUAGACUGAGGGGGAUUUAACAGGAGCCUUCAACUACUUGAAGGGUAGAGUAUGGAGCUGGACUGUUCUCAGUGAUGAUAGAUGACAGAACAAGGAGCAAUGGUCCCAAGUUGCAGCAAGGGAAGUUUAGGUUGGAUAUUAGGAAAGCGCUCUCAUGAGGAGGGUAGUAAAGCACUGGGAAAGGUUACCUGGAGGGGUGGUAGGGUCUCCAUCCUUGGAGGUUUUUAAGACCCAGCUACACAAAGCCUUGGCUGGGAUGAUCUAGUUGGGGAUGGUCCUGCUUUGAGCAGGGGGUUGGACUAGAUUGAGGUCCCUUCCAACCCUCAUUUUCUAUGAUACUUCCCUUCCAGGGCAGGGAUUGAACCCAGGUGUCCAGGCUCUCAGUCUUCCCUUCUCUGCUCCCCACUCAGCCCCCAAUCCUCUCCCAGUACUAGGCAGAGAACCCAAGGUGUCCAUGCUCCCUUGGGCCUUCCCUGCACCCAGGUCUCCUGACUUUUGGUCAAGUGCCUUACCCGCUCUGUGGGAGCUGCCCUUGAUAGUGGCUGCCUGGGGGGCAGGGAACAAGGGAAUGACUCCCGGCAUGGGGCUAGGGGGUGACACUAGCUGGCCCUGGGGGGAGGAGUUGGGGUGGGGGGGUGCUGAGGCAGCAUCGGCCCUGGUUCUAGACUGGGAGGGAUUUCACAGGGCAGGACCUGCCUGCUCAGGAGCACCCCAGUUAACUGUCCUGGAGUGAUGCCGUAUUGGAGGAGGCAGGGCUCUGGCCUGAAAGAGGUGGGGCUGUGGCUUGGGGGCAGGGCUUCAGAUUAGCAUCACAGCAGACUCCAGCCCACCUGCCCCCCC